AUGGCUAUUCGCUUUCCGAGGAUUGCUCAUGGUAAGCAAAUGCCCCGACGAGCUACCGAGGGUUCGGACAUUCCGAAAGGCUAUUUUGCUGUAUAUGUUGGAGUAGGCCAGAAAAAGAGAUUCGUUGUUCCUAUUUCCUACUUAAAGAACCCUACGUUUCAGGAGUUGUUGUCUCAGGCAGAAGAAGAGUUCGGAUUUGACCAUCCUAUGGGUGGACUCAUCAUCCCUUGUAAAGAAGAAGUCUUCAUCAGCCUAACUUGUAGUUUCUAGUCUGAUAAGUGAUGUAAAACACCGACUGACCCUGUCAACCAAUUUUGAAUAGAAGAUUGCAUGCUUCAGUAGGUUGUCUUUGCGAACCAUGAAAUAGAAAACCAUACAUUAUAUGGAAGCAAGUUUCUUCAGGCAUGUCUGUGUUAGUUUCUCCUCUGUAUGAUGGCUGAAUUUCUAUAGCUUCUAAAUCUGCAUAUCUGCACAA